CCCCUCCUCCUGUUAUUACAAGUCGCGAAAAGCAAAGCACAGAAACGAAGCCUAUUUGCCCCUCCCGGCUUCCCUUUCCCCUAUCCCACUUCCCCAUUUCCCCUUUCCCCUUUCCCCUUUCCCUUCCAUUGCUUCGCAACCAACCAUUAGAAAACAAUAAGGAAUGGCAUCUCAACCGACGCUCCCCAUCUCUAGUCCCCAAUCCACCAGCUCUGCCCCCCCUGGCGGUCCCCAAUCCCAGCCUCCCAUCGCCACCCCUGCCUUCCGUUCCUUCAUCAACCGCCUCUCCUCCUCCCUCCGCCAGGGCUUCUCCCAGCGUCGCCCCUGGUCCGAACUUCUAGACCGCACCGCCUUUUCCCGCCCCGAUAACCUCUCUGAUGCCGCCUCCCGCAUCCGCAAGAACUUCAACUAUUUCCGCGUCAAUUACAUUUCCCUCCUCGCUUUCGUUCUCGCGCUCUCUCUCCUCUCUCACCCUUUCUCUCUCCUGGUCCUCCUCGCCUUACUCGCUUCCUGGUGCUUCCUUUACCUCUUCAGGCCUUCCGAUCAGCCUCUCGUUGUCUUCGGCCGCACUUUUUCCGAUCGCGAGACUCUACUGAUCUUAGUCGUCUCCACCAUAGUUGUGGCGGUCCUCACGUCCGUUGGAUCGCUUCUCAUCUCCGCUUCCUUAGUUGGAUUGGCCAUUGUUUGCGCUCAUGGAGCUUUUAGAAUUCCCGAGGAUUUGUUCUUGGACGAUCAAGAGCCUGUCAAUGCCGGUUUCCUCUCCUUCCUUGGCGGAGCUGCCUCCUCUGCCGCUCCAGCCGUUGCCGCCCGUGUGUAGUAGUCGGAUCUGAUCCCAUCUCUCCCGAUUUUGGUGCCUGAUUCCAGCAAGGAGAGUGCUUCCAUGGUAAAAUGUAUUUGACAAGGCCUGAUAUGUCAAGGUGUAAGAGACGGAUAUCCAUGGAAGGUGCCUCAACAGCCUGCGCAUGGUUCGAAAGUUGUCUAAGUGACUCCAGAAUGCUGAUCUAGUUGGACGCUAUAUGUUCAGCUGGUUUUCACAUAAAGAGUUGUGUGGAUCUUUGAGAUUAAUGCCUCUGAAUUUGUGAAAAUGCAGGACAACAUAACCUUGCAUUUCCCUUGGCCAUCUACUUGCAAACAAUUAAGCAGCUGCAAUCGACUUGCCUAGAGAUGAGGACACUGAUGCUGCAUGCUUUUGCAGCCAUGCUGAGUAUAUGGAUCUGAUUGCGGUUUUCUUAGCUUAUCUUCUUUCAACUUCUUGUUGGUGUGUUUUUUUUUUCCCAAUUGAAAGAUACUCCCUCCGUCCUAAUUUUAGAGUGGUUUUUGGGAAUUCAAUUUUUUGUGGAGACAGCAUAAUCAUUAUAUUUAGAUGAGGUGAUAUUGGUAAAUUUAUUUAUGUAUCCUUUAAAUCAAAAUGUUUCCAUGUUAAAUGUGCGUUCUGGUUCCUCUUCUUAGAAAGUGAGAAUAAAGAGGUUCCCAUUGCUACUAAUUUAUCUUUUUGAUUCGAAUGUUAAAAGGAAUUCUUUAUGAAAUAGAAGUUGCAUUAGUGUUAA